AUGAAUAUUCACAAUAACUUGAAAGAUGAAAGUAAAACAAAUGAUUGUAAUGAUGAUGACAUUGAAGAACUUUCUGAGGAUGAUGCCAAUGAAGAUGCAAGAUUAUUUGACAUGGCGAAAUAUUUAGAUUCUACCAGUGAAUUAGAAUUUAAAGAAAUAUUGGUGUAA